AUGGGUUCGGUUUUUGCAGAGAUCGAGGGGAGAGAAACAACAUACACCAUCACCGCGGAGGACAUAAGAAGGGAGCUGAAGAUUGAACCGUUUGUGGUUAUUGAAACGGCUCCCACACAUACUGAAGAAGUGCAAAGAGCAGUGGUGAACGAAUCGUGCCCUCAAUGCCAUCAUCCCCAACUUGAGUACUACACCAAGCAGCUGCGUUCGGCGGAUGAAGGUCAAACUGUAUUUUACGAGUGCCCGGAAUGCAGACACAAGUUUUCAGUUAACACAUGAAGGCAAAAGUAUGAUCUCUUUUUCUCCAGCUGCUGUCUUCUGAGUACAUUUUUUUUAAUCAGUUUUGCUUCAUCUAGUUUAGAAAUUUCUUGAAAUAUUGUAACGUAUAAUGUAAGACAAUUAUAUUGAAGGGAGUAGUAGACUUGAUUUAUGUUCUUCGCAUAUUGUAUGAUACUACUUUGUGCGGAGAUGUGCUGAGAUUAUAUGAGCAGAUAUUGGCGCAA